AUGGCACUACCUUCUUUAACAGCUUUUCAUUCAGCUGGUGGUGCUAUUUUUUUAUUUGCCGAUAAUACACCAUAUGUAUGUCAUGUAUCUGAAUUUCUUAGAGCAAAAUUUGGUAUUACUGUGGAAGGAGACUAUUAUGGUGAAAAAACAAUGACAUACAAAGAAAACGGUUAUCAGCAAACCGGAAAUUUUGGUCAGCAUGAAAUUUUUACCGGAAUCACAAAUUUAUUCGAGGGUUCUACCAUAUGUCAUCCAGUAUAUUCAACACCAGCAAGUCGUACGAUAUUUGUCACUAUAGCAACAGCUACCGAUGGCAAUCCUUGUAUUGCUGUGUAUGAUCCACCUUCGCCGUCAACAGAAGGACGAUUAUGCUUAGAUUGUGGUUUUACGAAACUGUACUAUAAAAAAAGAUGGUUUGCAUUUGAUGAAGCCGUGGAUUAUGAUUACUAUUUCACUCCAGAUGAUAAUCAGAAUGAAAUGCAAAAUGUAGAUAUUAUUAAUCCAUUAAGUCAACGUUGUAAACAUGUUGAAGGUGGAAGUAGAUGGUGA